AUGGUGUGGAUCGGGGUCAUUGACAUAUGUCAAAGGUUCGCACCCUGCCCAAGGGUCUCAACGUGUACCGGGGGUAUCGGAAGCUACUCCUGUGAGUGUAACGCUGGGUACGUUACUGUAACAGAUGAAAUGACCACAUUCACCUGUGUGAACAUCCCCGAAUGUACCGGGUCACCCCCAGUGUGUGACAGUAACGCAUUGUGUAGCGAUCUAAGUGGCAGCUACUUGUGCACCUGUAUGGAGGGAUUUACCGGCAAUGGGACCUAUUGCGAAGCCAUUGAACCUUGUGCCAGGUCACCUUGUCUGAAUGGAGGCACCUGUACGACUAGUGACGAUGGAACAUCGUAUGUUUGCACGUGUGCAGAAUCGUACAUUGAUGUUAAUUGUAACACUCAAGUUAGGGAGCAAGAACCUCUUGCGGUUUUCACCAACCCGAUGUCUCAGAUGGUAGAUGUAGAGCAGCGGGUCACCUUCUCCUGUUCCUUCCAGAAUGCACGAAGUUACAGGUGGUACAAGGACAGCGUCCCCAUCUUGGGCAGUGAGAACAGGUCCCCGUUAGUUAUCAAUCCAGCUCUAGCCGAGGACCAGGGAUACUAUUACUGCACUGCUGUCGGGGAGGACGGCACUAAUGCGUCCACAGAUCGAGCUCUGCUGACAGUCAACGGUGUUGAUAACUAUGUAGUAAGGGCGACCUUUUUGACAAAGACUUUCAACAACAGUCUUUUGGAUAGAACUUCCUCAUACUUUCAGCAGCUUUCAGAAGAAUUAAUCACUUUUAUCCUAACACCUCUUCAGAAUAACUUUGAAGCCACCGUUGCAGUUAGAGUAAACAUCUUCUCACCUGGAAGCGUAAUUGCAGAAUUCGGUAUCUAUGUAUACGAUGGUUCAAUACCCGAUGACGAACAACUGUCCAUCAUCAGUUCUACAAUUACAAGCCUUGCUGAGGGAAACCCUACUUUCCUGGACCCAGCUUUUGUUCAAUCCUUUAGUACAGUGACCUGUCCAUCCGGGACCAUUGUGACAACCUAUGGCUAUGUAGCCAUGUUUGAUAGUGGUGUCAUAAACAGCAGAGCUAACUCAACCGAUAAAAAAUGCCCUGAUUAUACCGUAAAUCGGGACCAUCGUAUAGAAGCCAUUUGUGUUGGUGACACUAUUCGCCCUUGUGUUUGGGUACCCCAGAUGAACUGUGGAAGAAACCUGACUGCUGAUGAACUUCUCAAGAUCAUACAAGAGGUUCGUUACGGUCUAUUCCUGUCAGAAACGCAACGUAGCUAUGAUUCUCUGCCAGAAUAA